AUGGCUCAGCUUCCACUUUGGCGCGAGAUUGUCUCUGAACUUCACGAGAGGACUAAGCCAUUACUUGAACAUCACAACUUCCUUCGAGAACGUUUCGAGAAACUGGAGUCGGAAGGGUUUAUUUGGUCGAAGGAAUCAAUGUUCGAUAUUUUCGUUCAAUUCGGUCUAUCAGAAAGCCCACACGACUCAUCCCCAAUUGAGAAGAGAUUACUAGAACCUUGCGAUCCACGGGGCAUUGAAAGUACAUCCAUCAAGCUUGACAAUGCUACUCAGAUUAAGAAAUCAGAGCAUACACUCUGCCCCCUAGGCCUCAUGAAUCUACCGAUUGAAAUUUUUGACAAGAUACUCGAAACACUUGAUUCCAUGGCUAAGCUUGAAGCUAAAGCAAUCUUCGACCAAAGAGCAAACAGUACGGUGGUGAUAUCUGGUCCAGGUGAUCGGAAGCCAUACAAGACUUAUUUGCACCGAAACUCGCCAAUCUUAAAUAGUAUUCAAAACUUUUCACUUACUUCGCGUGAGAUACACCAACGUUGUCGACCAUGUCUAUGGAGAACACUAAAGUUUCCUACAUCUCUUCCAGCACCAAUUGAUCUAUGGACCAAAGAUAUCCUCCUCAAACAAGGGAGUUACGUCCGAUCACUAUCCCUCAAACUUUCUGGAAAUUGCUGUAAUCCUCCUGGUGAAUUUACAAAACAUGAUCCCUUUUAUGAUAAUCUUAUCCCUGAAUACGACAACAAAGAACCUACCAAAAUUGGAGCAUUUCUCUCUCCAGAGAGUGUGAGAUGCUUGAUACAUCGGUGCCCCAACCUUUCUGCGCUAGUGAUUGAAUAUGAUUUCAAGGUAGAUUCAGAAUCCGGGUACGGGGCUGGAUCAGAAGCCUUUCUAUUAGAGCUAGUGCCAUUGUUAUCAAAUCUCAGACGACUCCGGCAUCUAAAAUUGCGCGGCGGAUGCAGCAUGAGGAUCGCAAAUGAAUUCUCACGAAACAUCCUGGCUCAUCAACCUUUGUUCGAGUCGCUUACAUUGGCUGGAUUUCCAGAUUCUGUAGAUCAACAACAGCAUGGUGACGAUUCUCUCGAAUUCAAUCUGUCCAAAAUCAAAUGUUUAUCACGGUUGCAUAUAUGGGGAUACAAAGCUUUAGAUACAGAAUGGUGCCUUUACAAUUGGCCAAAAACAAUCACUGAUCUUGCAAUUCGCUAUUGUGAUUUAUCACGAAGUUAUGCGCACCUAAUAAUCCAACACAUUGCACCUUACGUGACAAAGCUCAAGCUUGACUUUGGCCUUAUGCCAAUUUAUCAUCAAGGCAGAUGGCAAGAAAACUUGGAACUCGAUUCUAGCUGGAGUCCUGAAACUCGUUUCUCGCUUCCAUUUUUGACUGACUUGGAGCUUUCACCCCGGGACCCUCUCUUACUGGACGCCUUUCAAGACUGCAAAUCUUUAGGCCGUCUCAAGUGGACCUACAGAACAUCAAAUCAUUGCAACACCUUAAAUAGGUUGAUUCUUGAAGCCAAAUGGCCUGAGCUCAAGAAUCUGGUCGUAACGCCUCACUGGCGGUUAACACUGGCUGAUGUUGAACAUCCACUAGAAGAAUUCAAGAAGCCAUUGGAUCGAUUGGAAGAGUAUUGCGAACAAGCCACUAUGAAAACGACCAUAAGGUGGCCUUCUGAUGAUCCCCUCUAG